AUGGACCAAAAACAGCAUACGAUGGAUGGCAUGAAGGAUCAAGAUGCCGAGCCCCAGGAUCUACCGGCCUUGGGGCAUAUGGAUCUAGAAUCGACGUGGAUGUAUGCAGCUUGCGACGAGGCGAGCAGUGUCGCCUUGGCAAAAGGAGGACUUGAGAUCUUGCACGUUAUCUCCGGUACCGCUGAGCCCCAUGCUGGAUCUGCAAAGCCCUAA